AUGAAUACCUUAGCAAAACAGGCCGAACAUAACCUAGAUGACCGUGAUAGUUUCGCCGUAGCAAUCGGUGAGCUUGAAAAACUGUGCGCGGAUUUUUAUCGUUAUCACAACGCGAUCAUCGGCUUGAUAAACGCAGAGGCUUUUAAUGGGGAAGAUGAUAUUCGAAAAGUCUUCGACUCCAUGGUUCUAGCGAUUAAGACCAUUCAUUUUAAAGUUCAAAAGGCAGCCGAGACCAGUGAGCCCCCUUCGGUUGCUUCCGCCCUUAAAUCUAAUAUCAAGUUACCCAAAGUGGAGUUACCUAGCUUUUCUGGUGAUAUUACGACAUUUGUUCCUUUUAUGGAUAUGUUUAAUAAUCUGAUUCAUAAAUCGAGCGAUUUAACCGCCGUAGAAAAAUUUAAUUAUUUGCUUUCCGCGUUGAAAGGGGAAGCUAGAGCGCUAAUAGAAAAUCUGCCAGUCACGGAUAGUAACUAUUUAACAGCAUACUCCGCACUCCAUAAUCGUUACAAAAAUGAUAGACAAAUAUUGCAAGCGCAUUGGAUUGCGAUUGAUAACGCACCGAAGAUUCAUUCGGAGCAUCCGCAGGAAUUGCGAACACUUAUAGACACGUUCUCAACUCAUUUGAAAGCUAUUCGUAAUUUUACAUUUCCUAUAGAUCUAGCGGAUUUUGUAUUAUUCAAUGUAAUGCUUCAAAAGCUAGACUCGUCAUUGAUAACGCGAUUCGAACUUCACCACAACUCGAAAGAAAUUCCCACUUAUCAUAAACUGUAUCAGUUUUUAGAACACCAAUGGAGCGCGUUAGGCAAUGCCAUCCCAGUUAAACCUCAACAGAAAAAGUUAGGUCCACAUAAGCCUUUUACGCCACAACCGCGAUUUACCACGUCUUUAGUGGCUAAGUCAGAGUCUCUAAAGUGUCCUGUUUGUACCUCGCCUCAUGUAAUCUACAAAUGUCUGGAGUUUCUCGGGAAAUCUGCCCGUGAACGCGACGCCAUUUCUAAGUCGAAACACUUGUGCCUCAAUUGUCUUAGUAAUUGUCAUGUGAGUAAGGCGUGUCAGUCUACUCACAGUUGUCGUCACUGCGGUAAGGGGCAUCAUAGUCUAUUACAUUUCGAAGCGAUUCCGAGCGGCGAUUGUCAGGUGCCAAAUUCUGCGGAAGCUACCUCCAUCAAACCAAUGAGUGGAGUUGGGUUUGCAUCGCCAGCAAUGGGAUUUUUAUUGGCUGCCGCUUUAAUAGAAGUUCGCAAUAACAGCGGAAAUUCUAAGGUUCUUAGAGCGCUGCUGGACUGUGGCUCACAAAGUUCCUUCAUUUCGCAACAAGCCUUCCAAUCGUUAGGUCUGUCUAGACGAAAUACUUCAGGCCUGGUGCAAGGUUUGGGUCAGGUAGUUACGGCAGCCAAUUUAGGUUCAGUGAUAAUAACGUUUCGACCGGUAGGCCAGUUAACACUCACUUUCAAGGUAAAUGCGCUAAUUUUACCCAAGAUCUGUGAAGACUUGCCCUGUGCGUCAAUUUCGGCCGAACAUUGGUCUCAUUUUCGUGUCAAGCUACCGCUCGCAGAUCCUUCCUGUGUAUCUGGUGCAGGUAUCGAUAUGCUUCUAGGAGCGGAUGUCUAUUCACAACUGCUUAGUGGAGAGGUGGUUAAGGGUCAGAAGGGAGAACCAGAUGCGCUAGGUACAGCCUUGGGCCAUGUAUUAGUUGGGCAACAUACCGCUAGUACUGCUAAUACGAAUCUUCAUUCCUUUAUUACCACGGUUAACACAUGUUGCGAAUUAGAAAGAUCUAUUCAGAAAUUGUGGGAAGUGGAAGCAGUUCCUCGCUUACAGACUUUGUCUCCAGAUGAGGAACUCUGCGAGGACAUUUACAAUAAAACUUACACUCGCACCGACAAAGGUCGGUUCGUCGUAUCUUUACCGUUUCGCGAUACACCGCCCACGUUCAAAGACAGCCGGUCAAUCGCAAUCAAUCGGUUCCUUCAUCUGGAGGCCAAACUGUUAAAGCAACCACAGUUGUAUGCGCAGUAUUCUAAGUUCAUGCAAGAAUAUUUAGAGUUUAAUCAUAUGGAACCUGUUCUUCAUCCAGAUGAUACCAUUGCCACUUAUUAUAUCCCACACCAUUGUGUACUUAAGCCAGCCAGUUUAAGCACAAAACUGCGCGUUGUGUUCAAGGCGUCCGCACGAUCCUCUAAUCAAACCUCGUUAAAUGAGCAUCUUCUUAUUGGUUCCAAACUUCAAAGGGACAUUUGCACUAUCUUAUUGAAUUUUCGCCUCCAUACGUACGUCUUGACUGCCAACAUCAAAAUGAUGUAUCGCCAAAUCUUAAUCAAUCCGGAUAAUCGUUUAAAAACCCUGACGUAUGGAACCUUUUCCGCUCCCUAUCUGGCCAUUCGUACUCUGUUAAAAUUGAGCGAGCAGGAUGGUUCGUCGUUUCCAUUAGCCGCUGCCGCCCUCCAGACGGACACGUACAUGGACGAUAUUGUUACUGGUAACAAUUCUUAUCAACAAACUUUAACGUUGAAACAUGAACUUAUUGCCCUCCUUAAGGGUGGAGGAUUUGAACUUCGCAAAUGGGCUACCAAUGAUAGUUCGCUUGUCUCUGACCUUCCUCCGUCUCAUGUUUGCCUUGAUGCCGUUAAUAUACGAGAGGAAGAUCGUAAUGACACUCUUAGAAUCUUGGGAUUGCAGUGGAAUCCCGUAUCCGAUGCUUUCAAAUUUACAGUUCAUAUUCUUCCCGGCAAGUGCACUAAACGCCAUCUUUUAUCCAGUCUCGCACGCAUUUUUGAUCCUCUUGGCAUAUUGACGCCGCUUACUUUUUUCAUAAAACAUUUAAUUCAACGCAUCUGGAGUCUCAAGUUAGCUUGGGACGACGCCCCGCCGAAUGAUAUUUUACGCGUUUGGAAUAUCUUCGCUAGGGAUCUUUCCGUUCUAAACGAUUUUUCGUUACCGCGCCGCCUCCUUUGCGAUAAUUUCCUCUCGUGUGAAAUUCAUGGUUUCGCUGACAGCUCCGAGAAGGGCUAUGCCGCCGUAGUUUAUUUGGUUUUUACGUUCGCCUCGCUUGAACCACGCACGCAGUUUGUUUGUGCUAAAUCCAAAGUAGCACCGCUCAAGAAGAUUACGAUUCCAAGGCUGGAACUUUCUGCCGCAGUAUUGCUAACACGGCUCCUCAAUCUGGUUUGCCGAAUUUACAAAGACAAAAUUCCUUUUAAUCGCCUAUGUGCUUGGACAGACUCCCAGAUAGUUCUAGCUUGGAUCAAAUCUUCGCCGCAUCGUUGGAAGACAUUUGUCUCCAAUCGCGUCUCGUUUAUUCAAGAGCAUCUGCUCUCCUCGUCGUGGUACUAUGUUCCUUCCGGUCAGAAUCCAGCUGAUCUUGGGUCUAGAGGGGCAUACCCUCAGGAGUUACUGGUUAGUUCCCUAUGGUGGGCGGGACCCUCCUUUUUGAAGUUCGGCACGCCCCUCAAUAAUAUGACGCCUUCUGUCCCUGUCUCCAUUCAGGACGAAGAACGCACGCAAUCGUGUAAUGCGAUAGUGACCACCUCUUUAUUGGACGACUUAGUCAAUACGCACUCAUCUCUGCCGAAGAUUAUUCGCAUUCUUUGUUAUGUACGCCGAUUUAUCCGUGGAAUGACUAGACCUACUGAAAGCACCCCCCCGUAUAUCACUUCAUCGGAAUGGUCCGAAGCCUUGAUGACGGUGGUUCGACAUAUACAAGCUUUACAUUUUUCUAGGGAAAUUGACUUCCUUAAGCGUGGAAAACCGCUACCGAAGGGUUUUCAAAAUCUCUCCCCCUUCUUAGACGAUCAAAAGAUUCUUCGAGUCGGCGGUAGAUUACGACAGGGUUUAUUACCCUACUCGAAACGCUUUCCCGCUUUGUCUGGGCAUCGUUUCACCUCUAUGCUCAUAGAAUACACGCAUCGCAAAUAUCUCCACGCUGGACAUCAGACGGUUCAUUACCUUCUCGUGUCUAAGAUGUUUCCGUACCCAACCGGUAUCCACUCAACCACGCAUGGGGGAUUUGCCUCCUUCUCGUUUUCUCAAAUUAAACCCUUUCUACGAGUUGGGGUGGACUACGCCGGACCCUUUUCUAUUACCAUGGCCAAAACACGCGGUGCUAAAACGCUAAAAGCGUAUUUAUGUCUAUUCAUAUGUUUUGCGACGAAAGCUCUACAUUUGGAGCUCGUCUCAGAUUUAACCGCCGACGCCUUCCUAGCGGCGUUACGACCCUUUCUUGCGCGGCGAGGGAGGUGCCAGCAUAUCUAUUCCGAUUGCGCUGUACAGUCGGAACAGAUUCAUUGGCAUUUCAAUCCGCCAUCAACUCCACACUUUGGUGGUUUGUGGAAGGCCGGCGUCAAAUCGGUAAAGACCCACCUAGUCCGUGUCAUAGGCCACCAAAUCUUAACCUACGAAGAGCUCUUCACUUUAGUCUCUCAGGUCGAAGCAAUGCUGAAUUCCCGUCCGCUUCAUCCUGUAAGCAGCGACCCAAACGACUUGACCGCACUGACUCCCGGCCAUUUUCUUACGUUUUCCCCUUUAAUUGCACUCCCAGAACCGGACCUUGCAGACAUGCCGGUGAACCGCUUAACUCGCUGGCAGCUAGUUCAAAGCUUUGUCAAAUGUAUUUGGUCGCGAUGGAGUGCCGAAUAUCUCCAUACAUUGCAUCAGCGGUCGAAAUGGUCUGCCGAGAGACCUAAUUCUAUCGCGGUCGGAUCCCUUGUCCUUAUUAAAAACGAGUUGAUACCCCCUCUGCAGUGGCGACUAGCCCUAGUCCUACUUCUCCAUCCCGGACAAGAUGGCAUAGUUCGGGUUGUCACCUUAAAAACCGCCGGUGGAGUCCUAAAGCGCCCAGUGGCCAAACUUUGUCCACUCCCUGCAACUUUGCACUUAAGUUUAUCGUUUGGUCCAGUACUGCGCCCGCAACCCUCGCUACACUGGUGGCCGGUCUAUUGCGGCCCUUUUUCUUUUGGUGUCCGCUUGUGUAGCAACCAGUCGAGUGGACUGGACGCGUUUUCGAGUUGUCGCAGUCGUACCGGCAACGACAUAACCCGCCAUAUUAUUGUUCCCGCUAUCGCUGAUUCCGCUAUUAUUAUUCCCGCCAUUGUUGAACCCGCUAUUGUGGAACCGCUACAACCUGCAAAAAUGCAGGAUCCCUAUUACGCGCACCCCUUCCGAGUGCUUUCUCCAGGAGCACCCCAGCCAUCACCUCCAGGCCAAGAUCACUCAGGACGCAUAGCUCGAAUAAAAACUAGAUAA